AUGUCGGCCCCGCCGCGCCACCCCCACUUCUACACGGUUGAGGUGGGCGACACACGUUUCACAAUCCUCAAGCGCUACCAGAACCUGAAGCCCAUCGGCUCCGGAGCACAGGGAAUCGUAUGCGCCGCCUACGACACGGUGACUCAACAGAACGUCGCGAUCAAGAAGUUGUCGCGACCCUUCCAGAAUGUGACACACGCGAAGCGCGCUUACCGCGAGUUCAAGUUGAUGAAGCUCGUCAACCACAAAAACAUAAUCGGUCUUCUAAAUGCCUUCACGCCCCAGAGGAGCCUGGAAGAAUUCCAGGAUGUAUAUCUUGUGAUGGAAUUGAUGGACGCGAAUCUGUGCCAAGUGAUCCAAAUGGAUCUGGACCACGAGCGUAUGAGCUAUUUGCUCUACCAGAUGCUGUGCGGCAUAAAACACUUGCAUUUAGCUGGCAUCGUGCAUCGGGAUCUGAAACCGUCCAACAUAGUUGUGAAGAGUGACUGCACUCUGAAGAUCCUAGACUUUGGUUUAGCUCGUACUGCCGGCACCACCUUUAUGAUGACGCCCUAUGUUGUCACUAGAUACUACCGCGCCCCUGAGGUUAUCUUAGGAAUGGGAUACACGGAGAAUGUAGACAUCUGGUCGGUCGGUUGUAUCAUGGGAGAGAUGAUACGCGGUGGCGUACUGUUCCCAGGGACUGACCAUAUUGAUCAGUGGAACAAGAUUAUCGAACAACUCGGCACACCCUCCGCCGCCUUCAUGGCGCGACUGCAGCCAACAGUUCGCAACUACGUGGAGAACAGACCGCGCUACGCCGGCUACAGCUUCGAGCGCCUGUUCCCGGACAUCCUGUUCCCGUCGGACAGCAACGAGCACAACCGCCUCAAGGCUUCGCAGGCGCGCGACCUCCUCUCGCGCAUGCUGGUCAUUGACCCCGAGCGUCGCAUAUCUGUGGACGAGGCGUUGCUUCAUCCAUACAUCAAUGUCUGGUACGACGAGGGAGAGGUUAACGCGCCGGCCCCAGCUGCGUACGAUCACUCAGUCGACGAACGCGAGCACACGGUGGAGCAAUGGAAACAGUUGAUCUACCAAGAAGUCGUAGAGUACGCGGCCCCUGGGGCCCCCGCUGCGCCCGCGCCCCACCACCUACCCAGCAAUGAGAUGCCGCAGCCAGCGCACACCGCAUAG